CGCGUCGUGAUGAUAUUAUUAUUGGGAGUGCGCCUUGCCUACCAAGCCAUGCUCUCCAGCAAGCUAGGAAACCGAGCAGCAAGGCUGGUUCCGUAUUCCCGAAGUUAGCCUAUUGGUUGGUAGAGAAUCAGGGUCAGCGGUGGGAGGCCCUUGCAUGCACGUUCCAAGUCACCCAGGCGUUGGAAUAAAAUUCGCAAAGCCACUUCGAUCAGGCAGCAGGACCUCUUUCUUGAAUCAGCAACAAACCCGUUCUAAAAGGAGCGACGACACUUCAAUCAACUCACUUUGCUUAGUGGUCAUGCUUCUCCUCGGCGAGAGAACCCAUCGAUUUCGGGAUACGGCGGAGGUAAACCCCGACCGUUACGCUGUUCUCUCUCACAAAUGGGCGCACGAUGAGAUCACCCUCCAAGAUCUGAUGUUGCCAAGUAUAAUAUGAAAGGAAGUAUAUCAGAAGAUCGCAGAGACAUGUAACUUGGCUCUCGGGAAGAGUCCGAAGUAUGUUUGGAUUGAUACGUGCUGUAUCGACAAGUUAAGCAGCGCACAACUUAUGGAAACCAUCAGCUCGAUGUUCGAGCUGUAUAAUAAAGCAGCAAACUUCUUCGUGUAUCUUCAAGAUUUUGCCGUAUUUGUGGAAAGAAGUAUUAAAAUUGUAUAAGUGGGACAUAGGGACUGAUCAAUCUAGCUAUUUAUGAGUGGUAUCGCUGUAUAUUCUGGUGCUGCUUGGAAGAGGGACAGAGUUCGGCAAACGCGGAUUGAGCCUGAAUUUAGCGAUUCCUCGCC